AUGAAGGACGGCUUUAGUAUAAUCGAAAUCACAAGUGUGAGAAAAGAUUUAGAUAGCCGUACUCCUCAUACGGAAGGAGGCUCGUGUGUGGUGGGAAUACCACGAGCAAAUCCAAGGAUGAGACCUAGAUGGAUUGGUAAACCUACCGUGGAGAUGAAGAGAGUGCUUUGGGUCUCAUCUCAUGUGCACACGUUUGAAAUCUUUUAUCUGAAUCAGAAAUGGGUCAUGGUAGAGAGAGGAAGAUGA